AUGGAGAACCUGCUCAACGAUACAAUCAAAGAAGCAAGUGAGCAGGUCGAGAACCUGCGCACCGAAAACACGCGGCUGGAAAGCGCGCUCAAAGGCGCCUUUGCGCAGAACAAUGCACUGCAAGACGCCGUGCAGAUCGCUACAACGAAGCUGCGCGACGGCGCACGACGGCUGGAUACGGAGACACGCGCGUCACUCGAGGCGCGCGGGAAGGAAGGGGAGGCCAGGGCGCACGCGCGGAGGCUGGGGAUCCGUAUACGUCUUAUUUACUUCAAUACACUGCUUGCAGAGAAAUCGCCUGCGCACAUCCGCAAAGUGUACAUGUCCUACAUGGACCCGUACAACUUGAAUACAGGCCCGACGCAUACUACCCCUAGUAGUACUAGCAGUAGCACGGGGAACCGGGGCGCUUUCCGCGCGUCUGAAUCCGCCAGCACCAGUCUAAGAACCGGCGGCCCAACGAAUAUCCUCGCCUUCCUCGAGUCCGUCUCAGCAUACUGCGCGCGCAACACCGACUUCCUCGAGUCCGUCUCAGCAUACUGCGCCCGCAACGCCGACUUCCUCCACCGGAUCCACCGCAUCUUCGACGCCUUCGACGCCGCCCAUGCCCGCGCAGAGCGCACCGAGGCGCGCAACGCGCAGCUCGAGCACCAGCUGCUCACCGCGCAGAACACGAUCGUGUUCCUGCGCCAGAACGACUUUGAGCAGCAGGGCAGGAUCCAGGAGCUCGAGCGCGCGCUUGCGGAAAGGCGACGCGAGCAACGGACGGCGUGGAUAGAGGACGCGGUCAGGAUUGUGGGUUGGGUGUUGCUCGGGAUUUAUGCGCUGGCGUUUUGGAUUGACAAGGGCGCGGUGGAGGCGAUUGGACAUGUUUACAAGUACUUGUUUUGCCUAUAA